AACAGAGACUAGUCUUAUUCACCACACCAGUGCCAACAACUACUAAUGUCAUUCUUCGGAUUGAUUUCUGAUUCAGUCGAUGAGUUUCUCUCGCUUCCGCGCGUUGAUUUGCUCUGUUUCCGCGGUUUCACCUCGAUUUCAUCGUCGGCUGCGUUCUUCCAACUUUAUAAUCAUCGGUACGCUUCGUGAGUGGUUUUGUUAGGACCCAGCACCAUACCAUCUCCGUGGACUCCAGUUAAUGCCGGUCCUUCAGGAACAGUUGGAUCGGCAGAAACAAAUGGCAGCAUGGUGGAUAGUAAAAAUCUGGAUGUUGGUGACAUGAGCGAUGAUGAAAAGGACCUGUCCUCCGCUGAUGCCGAAGGUGUAUGGAGCCCCGAUAUUGAACAGAGCUUUCAAGAAGCCCUAUCCAUAUAUCCACCAUGUGGGCGCAGAAAAAUUAUUUUAUCCGACGAGGGUAAAAUGUAUGGCCGGAACGAACUGAUUGCGCGAUACAUAAAACUACGCACAGGUAAAACGAGAACCAGAAAACAAGUCAGUUCGCACAUCCAAGUGCUUGCCAGACGGAAACUGAGAGAGAUCCAAGCGAAAAUCAAAGUUCAAUUCUGGCAACCUGGGCUGCAACCGAGUACGUCGCAAGAUUUUUAUGAUUACAGCAUCAAACCGUUCGCGCAACCACCUUACUCGGCCGGAAAGCCGUCGACAACCGUAUCCGGCGAUAUUGACGCCGGUAUUCUGCCCGCACAAUUGCCUUGGGAAGGAAGAGCAAUCGCUACCCACAAAUUUAGAUUACUUGAAUUUACGGCGUUCAUGGAAAUCCAAAGAGAUGAUAUGUAUAACCGUCACCUGUUUGUACAACUAGGCGGCAAGCCUUCAUUUUCCGAUCCAUUGCUUGAAACUGUUGACAUUCGUCAAAUAUUUGAUAAGUUUCCGGAAAAAUCUGGAGGCCUUAAAGAUUUGUAUGAAAAAGGUCCUCAGAAUGCAUUUUAUCUCGUUAAAUGCUGGGCAGACUUGAACACCGACAUAACUACCGGGAGCGACUCUGGCGAUUUUUAUGGCGUAACUAGCCAAUAUGAGAGUAAUGAGAACGUAGUACUCGUUUGCUCAACGAUCGUUUGCUCAUUCGGUAAACAGGUAGUGGAGAAAGUGGAGAGCGAAUAUUCUCGGUUAGAAAAUAAUCGUUAUGUCUAUCGGAUCCAGCGCUCUCCCAUGUGCGAGUAUAUGAUUAAUUUUAUACAAAAGUUAAAAAACUUACCUGAAAGCUAUAUGAUGAAUAGUGUAUUAGAAAAUUUUACAAUAUUGCAGGUGAUGCGAGCUCGUGAAACCCAGGAGACACUUUUGUGCAUAGCGUAUGUUUUUGAGGUAGCUGCUCAGAACAGCGGCACCACUCAUCACAUCUAUCGUCUCAUUAAGGAAUAGCCAAAAUUCCAUAGAUCGGAGCUCGAUCUGUCGGUGAACCCCACCAAUGCACAAGCCAAUAAAUAUAAUAUCAACAGCUUUUGUAAUAAUUACAAUGAUAGCGUUAUUAAAUCAAGUACUGGCCAUAAAAAUAUCAAUACAAUUACAAAUAAAGUCAGUAUCGUCCAUUGUACCCAUGCCAACAACAAGAACGAAUUCAGCCCUAAAACGUGCAGCUCUCAUACGAAAGUUAAGAAUAGUCACGAAAACAUAUUGAAAUGCAAAAACGACACACAUGUUAGGAAUUCCUCUGCCAAUACAUCUAAUAUUAAGCAAUCUCCCUCCUCACCGCAACAGAAUCAGCAGCUGUCGCAACAUCCAAAAGUUGGUUUCAAUGUUGCACACCAAGUGGACGACGAUCCAUAUGCCGAAAGGAAAAUAGAUGACAACUACCCGUUUCAGGGGUCAUCACGUCUGUCACCGAAUAUACAGAUGGAACCAGAGACCAAUAACCGGGAGCAGCAACCACAAAUUCAGGAGCCAGAUCAGCAGCAAGUACUUUCUAUUUACCAGAUUCGAACAGCUCCUCCAGCAUUUCAAUCAUACAUUGAUAACAAGCAGCAGCAGUUUGAACCCGAACAACCGGUUCAAUCGCAGCUCAGUACUUUUGAGCCGUUCCUAAAGUUUUCUGCGCAUGAUUAUGAAGUCUCAGAAACCGAGACAGCUGCGCUGAAUCUUAGCAGUAUGGAUGGAAGAAAUACCCUUAUUAACGACAAGGAGCUACAUGAAAACCAGGAAGUGUCGAAUUUGCUUCAUCAGGUCAAUGUAACCGCGGCAAUGGCAGUGGUCGUCACAGCUGAUGAGGGCGGUAAUAAAGAUCGGGAACCUUAAACCGUGACCCCGUGGUCGAGCUACUAAACGUGACAAUAAAGAAAUUAAACGAGUUUAAGCAAAUAAUGGUAUUUAGAGAUGGAAUCAGCUUUUUCUUAAUAAAGAGGUUUCGUUGUUAUGAAUUAACUAAAUAACAUCUGAUACAGCGCUGGGUGUCAUUAUUAAAAUUUUAAUAUAUAUAUGAUAAAAAAUAUAUGAUCUCAAUGUUACUUAAAUCCUAUUUUUCUGAGUAAAUUUUUAAUAAAACGGUAAGCGUAUAAAACAAAAACCGUAGACGCUACUUUUAAAAUAAACAUGAAAUGAGUUUGAAAACCUAAUAAAUUGACACUGCAAGAUAUAUACUAACAAUUCUUUUCUGUAUUUACUAUUACAAAAAAAAAAAAAAAAAAAACAGCGUGUGUGUGUAUUUUUUUUUAAAUAUUAUUCUUUUCUAUUAAUUGAUUAAAAAAUCAUGCGAAAUAUUGAAAAGAGACUCAAAAAAUGUGUAAUUAAUUGAAGAGCCAGCAAAAUUAUAUUGGUUUUUUAACACUUAAAAACGAGUUUUUUAACACUCAAGUGAAAAUAAUAAUAACGAGCAAUAAAAAGCGCUGACAUUGAAAAUGUAGAAACUCUUCCAUCUUGAAAUGGAAACUAGAUAAGAUAUUCAUUUUCUAUUUACACACAAUGUAACGUACAUAUUUAAAUGAAAUUAUAAGACCGUAAAUCUAAGUUUAUUUUUCUUAUAAGCACAGCACUUCAACAAAGUAUGAGUCGAACGAUCCACCGUUAUUUAAAUUAGUAGCUAUCAUUUUAAUUUAUGUUAAUGAACAUCUUUUAGGGUAUUAAAAAAUCGGAAUGUAUAAAGCCAUCUUUGCAUCCACCGAAGGCAAGCUCAAAAACAAUCAAAGAGUUUCGCCCCAUGUCACAUAAUAAAUAGUUAAGUAACUAAUAUAAAUAAGUGCUAAUACUAAUAAGUAUAUAUCGAUAUACAAAAACAUAUUUAUAAAAGGUAUAAAAUGUUUUAUUUGGAAUGGAAAAUAUUACAUAUUCACUUUUAUGGUAAAAUGUAAAGUAUUUUGUAGUUUUAAAAUUAUAAAAAAAAGCAUUUUCAUUUGUCUACAUAUAAUUAAAUGUUAAAGGGAGUAUAAUUAAAAUAUGAAAAAAAAUUAGUUACAAUAUUUUUUUUUAAGUCCGAAAAUGAUGAAGUUAAUACUUGUAUUCAUAAACAAAUUAAUUUGAAUAAAAAUAUAGUAAAUAAAAUGAAAUAGUGCCUAGUAAACAAAAAGUAUUAGAUAGUAUCCGGCUUCUGCAAAAUUUGGGAUUAUACCUAAGCCACGAUUAUGUUUUCCACUACAAAAGAUAUUUUGACAUAUACAACAUCUCACAAUUACUUGGAUAAUUCUGUAAGUUCAUUAUACCAACGUCUACUUUAAAAAAUCUCAUCUUUGAAGAACCAUCAAUCUUUUCACAUAAAAUAAAGACACUUUAAAAAAUAAAAUAUGAUCAGUGGAAACCAUUCACUCCAAGUUUUUAGUCAUGUAUGUCUGUACUGAAGAUAAUUUAUACUUUGCUAAUUAUAAAUGUGUACAUGAAAAUUUUCCCUAUCACCACUUGAAAUUUCCUAAUGCUUAACCAUAUUUUUGAGAAAGACUUGCUCAAUAUCUUAAUCAGAUUCCUUAUUAAUAUUAGAUUCAAUAUUAAUCGACUAAAAGAUUUUUUACGACAAAAAUCUUUUAACCGAUUAUAUAUUGUUCUUUCCCUAGACCCUUCACACUACGGUUUUCGACUACCCUAAAACCGUAUAUUUCAAUGCUACUAAAUAUACAUUUUUUUAAAAAACAUAUUCGAAAAAUGGUCGUUUUUUUAUAUUUUUUCCAAUAAUUCGGUUGGGAAAAAUCCUAAAAAGCAGGACUAAGAUUAAAAUUUAUAAAUACAUUUAAAUAUUGUAAAUACAUAUAUUUUAAAUUUUUACACUUUUUUUUUAAUUUUCAAAAUAUUUAGAUUGAUAAAAAAUUUAAUUCAAUCCCCGAGCACAGCCAUGACUUGUGAAAUAUGGAUCUUUUCAACAUACAUAGACACGCACAUAAAAAAUAAUGAAUGUAAUAUGUUAUUUAUAUUUACAGUUCAAUGUGAGUAGCAAAUUUAUCAGUCUCCCGCCAAUCCGCGUUUCUUUACUGAGAAAAAUCAAGUUGCGAUCAAAGACGAGAAGUGUAGACACGAAAUUGGCAUAACUCACUUUUUUUUUAUGUAUUCAAAGAUUAUAAUAAUAAUAGUAACAACUAUAACAAAAAUUUAUAUUUUAAAAAUGUUUUUGUUUUUAUUUAAUCAAACCGACGAUUCAAGCAAUAAAAAAUAAUCAGUGAAUAUGUAAUAUAAUAAAAUUACAUUUUAAGAAUGUAUAUGCCUACGUAAAAAUAUGAUUUGAUUUUUUAAUGGGGUUAAAAAAGAUGCUAAUGGGAGAAAAUAAGAUUAAGAAGCAUGUAAAAUUUACCUAAAAAAUGUGUCAUUUUAAUUUUUACACUUACAAUAAAAAAGUCUACGGCAUUACGUAAUCAAA